UGUAGCUCCACUAAUUAAUAAUUAAAGCUAGUGAAUUUCUACUACAGCACAACCUUAGCCGCAUGGAGAAGAACACAAUUGAUGCAAAAACUGCAGAGAUUGAAAAUAAUGAGAUGAAAUGGGUUCAUGAUUCUUCAGUUGAUUAUAAGGGACGAGUUCCACUCCGAGAUUCAACUGGUUCUUGGAAAACUUCUCUCUUCAUUAUUGUGUUUGAAUUUAGUGAGAGGUUAAGCUACUUUGGAGUAGCAACCAGCUUGGUCCUUUAUCUUACAAAGAUUAUUCAUCAAGACCUAAAAAUGGCAGCUAAAAAUGUGAACUAUUGGAUUGGUGUCACCACAUUGAUGCCGUUGUUGGGAGGAUUCAUAGCUGAUGCAUAUUUCAGUCGCUACAUUACUAUCAUUAUAUCAUCCAUUGUUUAUCUCAUGUUUCUUAUGAAAAUACAGGGUUUGGUUCUUCUUUCUCUAUCAUGGUUCUUGCCAGCAUUAAGGCCAUGUGAUCAUCAUAACAUUCAUAACACAUGCACCAAAGCUAGGAGGGUACAUGAAGUAGUGUUCUUCAUAGCCAUGUACUUAAUAUCCUUUGGAACUGGAGGGCAUAAACCUUCUUUACAAAGCUUUGGAGCUGAUCAAUUUGAUGAUGAUCAUGUUUCUGAAAAGAGGAAGAAAAUGUCAUUCUUUAAUUGGUGGAAUUGUGGUGUUUGUAGUGGACUCAUUAUAGGAGUAACCCUAAUUGUUUAUGUACAAGAUCAUGUUAAUUGGGGAGUUGCUGAUAUCAUCCUCAUAGGGGUUAUGGCCUUUUCAUUGAUCAUAUUCUUGUUGGGAAGAAAAUCUUAUCGUUAUAGGGUACCAAGUGGGAGCCCCUUGACACCAAUGUUUCAAGUUCUAGUUGCAGCCAUUUCCAAAAGAAAGCUUCCAUAUCCUUCCAAUCCUAGUGAACUAUAUGAAGCUUCUAAUUUUCAGAGUUGCAAUGGAAGAUUUCUAUGCCACACAGAAAAACUCAAAUUUCUUGACAAGGCAGCUAUGCUUGAAAGUGAUGAUGAUGGAAACAUAGCAAAGAAACAGAGUCCUUGGAAGCUUGCUACUGUAACCAAGGUUGAAGAGGUGAAGCUUAUUAUCAACAUGAUACCUAUUUGGGUAUUCACUUUACCAUUUGGAAUAUGCAUGGCACAAACAACCACUUUCUUUAUCAAACAAGGUGCAAUCAUGGAUAGAAAAAUAAGCAAUAACUUUGAGAUCCCUCCAGCUUCAAUUUUCGCCCUUACUGCCACCGGAAUGAUACUUUCCGUUGCAAUUUAUGACCGGAUCCUUGUACCGUCGCUAAAAAAGCUGACGGCAAACGAAAGAGGAAUGAACAUCCUUCAGAGGAUCGGUACCGGAAUGCUCUUUUCAAUCAUUUCAAUGGUGGUAGCAGCAUUGGUUGAAAGAAAGAGACUUAAAAUGGUUCACCUUAAAAUGAAUGUGUCUUGGUUGGUUCCACAAUUUCUAAUUAUUGGUUUUGGUGACGGUUUUACACUUGUAGGGUUGCAAGAAUAUUUCUAUGACCAAGUUCCGGAUUCAAUGAGAAGCUUAGGGAUAGCACUUUAUCUUAGUGUGAUUGGAGCUGGAAGUUUUCUUAGUAGUUUGAUCAUUACAAUUGUUGACCAUGUGACAAGCAAGAUUGGAAAGAGUUGGUUUGGUAAGGACUUGAACAAUAGUCGCUUGGACAAAUUCUAUUGGAUGUUGGCGGUUAUGACCACAUUGAAUUUGUUUCUGUUUGUCUUCUUUGCUAGACAAUAUUCCUAUAAGAAUGUUCAAAAGGUGGUGGUGUAAUUAAGGAUAAUGCUUUGAUACUUUGAUUUGAAUUAUUACUUCAA